AUGCCGGAGGGAGAGCCCAGGCGAGCUGACAUGAAGGCGCCCCGAGCCGCCCUCAUCUUCGCCCUGCUACUCGCGCUCCUUCCCACCGGCCGGGCUCAGGAGUAUAAUGAGACAACAGAAGAUGUGUCAGCAGAUGAACGCCAGGAAAUGGAGCUUACAGAUGAAGAUGCUACUAUUAUAAGUACAGUUGUUGCAGUGACCACAGAAACAUUCAUUGAAAAUACGAAUUCUACCCUCAUUGAUGAGGAGGAUCAUCAGCUAGAGUUUAUAUUAAUGGUGCUGAUCCCAGUGGCUUUAUUGGCACUCCUACUCCUAUCAGUGGUAUUCAUUGUAAUAAAUUAUAAAAGAAAAAAAGCUAAAGAAGAGCUGCCUUCUAGCCAAGGAUCUCAGAGUGCUUUACAGACAUAUGAACAGGGAAGCGACAACUUAAAAGUCCCUAUUUUUGAGGAAGACACACCCUCUGUUAUGGAAAUAGAGAUGGAAGAGCUUGAUAAGUGGAUGAACAUGCAUAGAAAUGCCAACAGCGAAUGUUUGCCUCCUCUAAAAGAAGAAAAGGAGCCAAACCACAACCCAAGUGACAAUGAACCCUAAAACUGAAUGGCGCUAAUGUUCUCCAAGGGAAGCAGCCCGGGGGGAGCCUGCCGGGCCUGCCAACAGAGGAUGAAGAGGAACAGAUUUAAUUAAUUUCAAGUCAACAUAGACACAAGAACCUUCCGCCGUUCCUCCCAACGCCCACUCUUCCUAAGGAUGGCAUCACCUGUACUGGG